CCACCAUGGCCACCACCAGCCUGCUCGUGAAACCGUCGUCGCCGUCGCACAGCGCGUAUCGCUCCGUGCUAAACGUUUAUCUCGUCCGGUUGAUUCGACAGUCGCCGUCACACCCGUGUCCCUCGCUCCCGUCCUGCCACCAUUCAGUUACGGCUUUCCCCCCUGCUCGCCGUUAAGAACAAGCCUCACCGACGGAACGCGGGCACCCCGAGCACGAACCGGCGGCGGCGUUAGUGGGGGCCCGCUCCUCUCGUCGCGGACGGCUGCUAUUGUGUGAGCUGGCGGGCGGGAGGGCCGCGGAUGGCGAGCGCUCGCGUGUGUGCGCGUACGUACGUACACGUAGUCGGCACGCACACACAGAUACGCACACGUUCGGCAGCGCCGCCGGUAGUAUUGUGCAAGUGUUACACGCACACACACAUACGUUAAUACGUAUUAUACACGCACGCACAUAGUACGUCCGUACUCAGAUCGCGAGUUGAGCUGACGUCUCCCGAACGAGUGUGAUUUUCUUCUACAUCGUCUCCCUCACCCCGCCGUUCGAUAGAAGUUUUUCGUAGGUAUUUUGUUUUUUUUCUCAAAAUCCAAUAUAUUCAAAUUCGUUUAAAAUCGCAUUUGGUCUCGUCGUCGUUGGCCGCGAUCAGCACGUACGACAAGUGCGGUCCACGACGUCCGUCGCGGUCGGCUGUGCGCGAGACAUAGAGCUACCACCGUCCACUGGCCGUCAUCGUUCCUGUGAGCUCUCGGUCCCCUUUUCGUGCUCUCUCGUCCACGCUCGGGCACCGAAAACCAGCCGGGCGAUCGUCUGCGUAGAGAACGAGAGAGUUAUCGAACACACUCUAAAAAAAAUAAUAAUAAAAUCAGAAAUAUAAAUAAAAGUAAAAGAUCGCCACCGUCCGCCGCGCGACCGUAGACGCGAGAGCGGGCUUGCGCGCGCGCGCGCUGGCGCGUGUGCGACACUGAACACACGGCCGCUCGGUGAGAGCCGAGAAGUGUAGUCGUUGCUCCCACAGCGACGACGGUGGCCGCCGCGGACGUAGUCGGUGAUUGAGAGGAAACGCAUUCACCCACGGCGAUGGCGGGCAUUCAACAGGUCAGAUCCGGCGCGGACGAUGGCGUACGCUGGACGUCGCCCCCCAGCACUACCACCACCGCCGCCACACCCGGCAUCAAGAGCAAGACACAUCCGCCGCCUUUACGUCCAAGUAUCGGAUUCUUUCCCGGGGAUAUAUUUCCAGGCUCUAUCGUGGAGCCUUCGCCGGGUAGAAGCCGCUCGUUACCGUCUCCACCAAUCCAAUGGAUGUCAUCCCGCAGGAAACACGUGUUGCAAACCAGAGGAAGUGGUGGGGAGGACCUGCGAAUGACUGUAGAGCCCCGUAGUGGUGGUGGAGAACUGCUUCGGAUCACUACCCUGCCGUCGCCGGGACCGCAAAGUCCGUCGGCCAGGAGCCAGCACUAUGACCCGGAAUAUGCGAAAAUCGAAGCGUGGCUCGACGAGCACAGGGACUUCGCUUACGAUUAUUUUCUCAGAAAAGCUACCAGAAACAUCGUAGACGCCUGGCUCGUUUCACAUGCUUCAGCCAGCAGCUGCGGUGCUAGUGGCGGCGGAGGUGGUGGCUGCGGAAGUGGCGGAGGAAAUAGUGGCGGAAACGCGACAAUGACGCCGACGGGCAUCGAACGACAGCAAUCCGUAGGUACGUCAGGUUGCAGUGGUGGAGGUGGUGGCAAUAGUGGCACCACCACACCGGUGCGUAAGAUAUCGGCACACGAAUUCGAACGGGGCGGCCUCAAGCCCAUGGUGACCACUGUGGACGGCACACCCACAUUCCUCGCGUCUUACGAACACCCGGACGAGACGACCACAGCACCGGUGUCCCGGAGACGGUCCAGACACGAGCUCCGACAACUAGACGAAAAGCAGCUCAUCUUCGAGUUGGUGAAAGACAUAUGCAAUGAAUUGGACGUGCGGUCGUUGUGCCACAAGAUCCUGCAGAACGUCAGCACACUGUUGAACGCCGACCGUGGUUCGCUGUUCCUGGUCCAGGGCGGUGGCCUGUCGGCGUGCCAACACGAUCACCACCACCGGCCCGCGAAGCGCGUUUGCAGCCCGCGUAGACCGCACGCUAGCAUAACCGUCGGCUGCUUGAGCAAAGACGACCAUUCCGCCACCACAACCGAAACUGCCACCUCAAUCGCCUCCACCACGUCUUCUACUAUAUCUGCCACCACUGCAUCCACCGUGGCCGUGAAUGACGAACCGCUCCACCCAGAAGAUCGCCCCGCCGUCCUUCAUCCCCAACAGAACCAUCUGCACCAUAUCCCCCCGAACAGCAGCCACCACCUCUAUCACCAUCAUCACCACCAUAACAGCAGCAACAACAACAACAACAACAACAACCUGCACUGUCAGUUGUCGUCUCCGUCGUCAUCAUCGUUGUGCAACGAACGUGUUCCUAUUGCGUUAUGCAACGCGCCGGCCCCGCAAGUGGCGGCGCCAGUUGAAGAAGCGUCCGUCGGUGGCCUGACCGUUGGGUCACCGAUAGGGUCCACCAACGUAGGUUCGCUGCAGGCUCCGAUGAACGCGGCUACCCCACACCACUUCCAUGGCUGCCAGUCCAAGUGUUUGGUGUCCAAGCUUUUUGACGUGUGCUCGCGGUCCACGUUGCAGGAGAUGGAAAAGAAAAAAGAAAUACACAUACCGUGGGGCACGGGCAUUGUCGGAUACGUGGCUGAAAGUGGCGAGCCAGUCAACAUACCAGACGCGUACAAGGAUACACGUUUUAACCACGAUAUCGAUGCCCGUACUGGUUAUAAAACGCACAGUUUACUGUGCAUGCCGAUCAAAGACUUCAAUGGUGAAGUAAUGGGUGUAGCACAAGUAAUUAAUAAAAAAAAUGCACCGUGCUUCACUCAAAACGACGAGAAAGUUUUCUCAGACUACUUGCAAUUCUGUGGCAUCGGUCUCAGAAACGCACAGCUUUAUGAAAAAAGCCAGCUAGAAGUGAAAAGGAAUCAGGUACUACUGGAUCUUGCGCGUAUGAUAUUCGAAGAACAGAGCACAAUAGAACACAUGGUUUUUAGAAUCCUCACACAUACUCAAUCGCUUAUACAAUGUCAAAGGGUCCAGGUAUUACUGUUGCAUGAGGCGUCCAAAGCUAGCUUUUCGCGAGUGUUCGACUUGGAAGCGAACGACUUACAGGGAAAGGACAACGAGAGGACUAGCCCUUUCGAAAGCAGAUUUCCCGUCAACAUCGGUAUAACCGGUUACGUGGCCACUACCGGAGAGACUGUAAACAUUGUCAACGCUUACGACGACAGCCGUUUCGAUCAGUCGGUGGACGAAGACGCUGGUUUCAAACACUCCACCGUGCUGUGCAUGCCGAUCAAGAAUUCGUCCGGUCAAAUCAUCGGAGUGAUACAAUUAGUCAACAAGUUUGAUGAUCUCUUAUUUACCAAAAACGAUGAGAACUUUGUGGAAGCGUUUGCCAUAUUCUGUGGCAUGGGAAUACAUAACACACACAUGUUCGAGAAAGCCAUUAUUGCCAAUGCAAAACAAAAUGUUACGUUGGAUGUGCUUAGUUACCAUGCUUCAGCUUCACUGGAAGACGCACAAAAAUUGAGGGCUUUGCAAGUGCCAUCGGCUGUUACAUACAAUUUGUAUGAUUUUUCUUUUGAUGAUAUUUAUAUGAGUGAUGAUGACACAUUACUAGCAAGCAUACGUAUGUUUAUGGAUAUGGAUUUAGUUGAACCUUUUCAUAUUGACUAUCAGGUCUUGUGUCGAUGGUUGUUAAGUGUCAAAAAGAACUACCGAUCAGUAACAUACCACAAUUGGAGGCAUGCAUUCAAUGUUGCUCAGAUGAUGUUUUCUAUUAUUACUGCAACGCGUUGGUGGCAAGUUUUUGGUAACUUGGAAUGUCUUGCCCUCAUUAUUGCUUGUCUCUGCCAUGAUUUGGACCACCGUGGGACAAACAACUCCUUUCAAAUAAAAGUUUCCUCGCCACUUGCACAGCUUUACUCAACUUCCACCAUGGAACAUCAUCAUUUUGACCAGUGUUUAAUGAUAUUAAAUAGUCAAGGUAAUCAAAUUUUAGGUAAUCUAUCACCAAAUGCGUAUUCUCGCGUUAUAAAAGUAUUAGAAGAUGCUAUAUUAGCCACUGAUUUAGCUGUAUACUUCAGAAAACGAGGGAAGUUCCUAGAACUAGUCCGUACGGGUAUGUACGACUGGACCAGAGAAGAAGAUAGAGAACUGUUUAGAGCCAUGUUAAUGACUGUGUGUGACUUGGCUGCCAUAACCAAACCAUGGGAGAUUGAAAAACGAGUGGCUGAAUUGGUGACUAAUGAAUUUUUUGAACAAGGUGACAUAGAAAGAAGAAAAUUUAAUAUCACGCCUAUUGACAUAAUGAAUCGAGAAAAAGAAGAUCAGCUACCAAUGAUGCAAGUUGGAUUCAUUGACUCAAUUUGUUUACCCAUAUAUCAGGCAAUUGCUGAUCUGUCAGAGAAACUUGAACCAUUGAUUGAAGGGGUACGGCAGAACAAAACACAUUGGCUAGAAGAAUCCCAACAAACGUAUCACCCACAAAGUCACAAUUAGAUGUGUAAUACAAUAAUAUAUUAUACAUUGGUGUUUGUAUGUGUUAGUAUGUGUCUAUGUUUGAUUAUGUGUGAGUGUGUGUGUGCCCCGUAUUUCCAAACUAGACAAUGUCCACACUAUUGAUAAAACCAAUCUACCUAACUUCCUUCUCAUUAGAAUAUAAGACUUAAAAAGAACAUAAAUAUUAUUUUACCUUAUAUGUUUUUAGUUAUAAACAAAAUAGUAUUUUCUGUGCUAUAGACUUGUAUAAAUUAAGGUUAUAUUAUUGUUAAGAGUGACAUCAAUGUUUUUCUUGUAUUUUGUACCACCUACCUUUUAAUAAAUAAAUAAGUAGAUAUUAGAAUAUACACUAAAUAUGUAUUAUUAUACAAUAUAUUUUAAGUAUAUACCAAUGCAAUGUAUUCUUAAAAGACCUUGAGUUGAUAAAAAAAAAUAUGCUUUAUUAAUUUUUAUUUAUUGAACACGUGUACACCUAUUGCAACUUUAUGUGACAAGUUUGUGUAUCUGUUACUUAAGUUGUGAAUUAUUAUUAUUAUUAUAUAUUUUUUUUUAUUAUUAAAUUAUUAUAUAUUUUUUUUUUAUUAUUAAAUUAUUAUUUUAUUAAAGAAAUAAACAUAUUACCUGAACAACAAAACCUAUGUACACAAAUGGUAUUUUAAAUCUGCACAGUAAUUGUAUUUUUUUAAAGGGAAUUGUCUAAUAAUUCUUUCAGUUGAAUUCAUAGUUUCAUACUAUCUAAUUAUUAUUUUUUAUCUUGUAAAAUUCUGCCAUGUAAAAUUGUAUCAACUUAGUAUAUGCUAUAUUGUAUUAUGUAUGUAAUUGUCUUCUGUAUGGUUAAUUUGAUCUAAUAUUGAUGUUUCAUUUUGUCAAUUUAGAUGCUAGAAAUAAUAAGAUAAAUUCAACACUUAAAAAAUAUUACAGUGGUGGCGCGAGACUGCAAGAGUAGGUACUGAGAAAGUAUUGGAUAUUUAUGUAUUUUGUAUUUAUAUACAAUAUACUAUAAUUAUAUUAUUUA